UCGAACCAGUCUGAAAGAUACGAUUAACCAUCAAAGACAUCCGUGACAAACUGUGCCAAAAUGCGUUCCGUUUCUGUGCUUGCCAUGAUCGUUGCCGUGGCCCUUGUGGGUCUGCUGUCCGUGGAAACCCAAGCCGACAUCUACUCGGAAAUGGCGUCCUGCGCGUGUCCCUUAAGCUACCAACCCGUAUGCGGCAGUGACAACGUAACCUACUCCAAUGAUUGCGUCCUGAAUUGCGCCAUGGCUACUCCGACCGGUUCCAGGAUUGCGCUGAAGAAACUUCACGAAGGAUCCUGCGAUAAUACCGAACUGCUCAGUCACCGUGUAAAGCGCGACAAGUCAAGAAAGAAAUCGAAAAUGCGCCAUAUUGGAGUGUUUGUGGGAGUGCUGGCACUAGCUCUGGUUCUGCUAGUGGUGGAAGCUCGAAGUGAUGCCGAGAGAGGAGUUUGUGCGUGUCCACGGAUUUACAUGCCCGUUUGUGGAAGCAAUUUGAAGACCUACAACAAUGACUGUCUGCUGCGCUGUGAAAUCAACUCGGAUCUCGGAAGAGCCAAUAACUUGAGGAAAAUUGCCGAUCAAGCAUGUGACAACUUGACCGACAACGUGAAUGACUUCAUCCCACAGGAGUAUUGAUUGUAUUACGAUGGAUAGCUGGAAAAUUUGAUUUAAGAUUGGUUAUACAUUGUACAAAUUAAAAAAGUGUUAAUAUGUGAUAUUUUAUGUAUAAAGAAUGUUUUAACCUAUAUUAUGUUAUUUUCUGUUCAAUUUAUCAUCAAAAAAUAAAUUCAAUAAAUUAUUAACUUCAAAA